AUGUCAGGCUUGAAGGCUACAGCUACAUAUAACAUCCGGUUCCUGGAGUACCUGUCGGAAUAUUCAUCGCAAUGGCUUCCUGCACCUUACACGAACGACAAACCCUUUUACUGGUCGUACCCAUGUCUGGUAACCGGUGAUCUACAGCUCUCUUCGGACACCAAGUCAAAGAGCUUUGACACACUCGGAAGAGCUGCAAGAGACUAUGAGAACCCGGAGUUGCUCUUCCUCAGUGGCUGCCCCUCCCCUGGUUGGCUCAAUUUCAUUGGAGACAAGUACAAAGUCGACAUGCACUUUUUCCAGCAACAUUUAAGUUCGAUCAGACCGUCGGUACAUGUUGAUGUAUAUGCCGAGCCAUCCCUACCUUCUAGCUCUGGCCACGUCCUCAAACUCACUAUACCAACCAUUGGUUAUCUUGGAGAUCUAGGGGAUUCGUUGGGAGAUAUGUCCAGGACCAGAUCGCUGCUCGUGGAAGGUCUCAGAAAGCAAGUUCUAAACAACGCCCUAAAUCACCCUGUUGGACAGGCCAUCAUUAGGAAUGUGUAUUUGCACAACCGGGAGCAUUUCACUUUAUUGCAAGAGGUUUCCAUAUGCUUACUACGAGAGAAGAGUGCGUGGACGGUACUUAUAUGGACUGACGCUGGCGGCGAAGACAAAGAUCCUGAUCUUUCUUUCCUGUUCAAGGAAGCGUCCCGAAGGCCUCACAUUGAUCCCAAACUUUGUCCGACUGUUUUUAAUCGACCUAAAAAGAUUGGCAAACCAGCAUCCUCUUCUGUUGUUUCUUCCGACAUGCAGUUCAACGCGACUCAGGUUUUCAAUAGUCUCCACAAGGCGUACGGCACCACUCUAAAUCCCCAGGUGAUGAGGCUAGAUCCUUUCUAUGCUGUCACGGAGGUGUACUCAUUUGCUGCAGCAGCUGAGAAUCAAUUCCUGAACAUGAUGAGGAAGAUUCUCGACACGCGCAUUGAGAGUAUCGUGAGAGAGGGCCUCCAAAGUAGGACCUCAACGCCAGAUGCUCUUCCUGAACGCACCAACAUACAAUACGAUCGUACCAUUCUCGACGCACAUGCUGGUCGCAUUAGCAGUAUGGUCGCGUUCCUCAAAACGGCUGACGAUCCAGUAUGGUUCCCUGGCGCCGCAUUCGAUGAUCAUAUUUAUGCCGAUAUCACAAAAGCACGAAUGAGCCUCUUACACGAUUUUCAGCACCUCCAUGCUCAAGCCGUACAGUUGAUUCAGCGCUGUGAGAGAGCUAUGGAUAUGGUUGCACACAAUGCCUCUUUAUUGGAAGCGAAAAGGUCGAAUUUGCAGUCAGAGGGGUUGGAGAAGUUAACGCGUCUGACGACAAUUGUAACCCUGCUAUACGUGCCACUUUCGUUCGUAUGUACCUUCUUUGGUAUGAACUUCUCGACCUUUGGACAGGGCAAACUGAGUCUUUGGAUCUGGGCUGCGGCGGAUGUUGAACAGCGAUUCCGGGAAGAUGCGGUCUUGAAAGCAACGAUACGGACAAAUUAG